AUGCUUCAAGUUCAGGUCUUCCUCAAAAUCUCACUUUUACUCUUUUCUCUAUGCAUACAUCAUUCCAGGGUGUUGGCAGACGAUGCAACGGGAUCUCCCAUUGGCAUGCAUACGUGUAACUCAAAGUUUUCAAUAGGCAAGAAUAGUGCAGUAUGCACGGUGAUAUACGAUAAAAAAAUCGCGUAUAACUGCAAGCAUUCAUCUUGUUGGUACAACCAACACCAAUACAUCGAGAUGACUGGCUGCCAGCUCGAGAAAUCUACGAACAAAAACUUGAGUAAACAACAAUGUGCCCAAUACGAAUACCUAGGAACUGCGAAUGGCUUCACUUGCACUAAUCCUGCUGGCAUAACUUAUACAUGCCCUUAUAAGGCAGAUAUUCCGUCUCUCGACUGUACUGAUUGUCAACCCCAAAACUGA